GCUUACGCAGCUUUUCCGGGAACGACAUGAAAUAUAAGCAGGCAGGUCUGCAGUCCGGGCGUCGGUAGAAUACACGAAACCAAUGAUUCCCAUAUGUCCAGUGGUCUCCUUCACCUAUGGUGAGUACUGAUAAAACGAUUAAAUUAACCUAUAGCUGUUUUUUGAACGUUUCGAUGCUAUAUAGGGAGCAGCAUUGAGAGACUGAGGUUAACGGUUAGUCCUUGGAGCGCUCGAUGGAGCCUCCUGCUAACAGUUAGCUUAGCUUAGCAUCAUCCUGUGUAUGUCUGUCCUCCGCAGUGCCCGGCCGGCUCGGUGAAGAUGCCAAAAUGGCUACCGGCAAUUACUUUGGAUUUACCCACGGCGCUGCCGCUCAGUACAGGUAAGGAGACCCGAGAGGUUCAUUCGUGAAGUUAUUUAGUAUUUACAUCGAGCUCUACAGCUCCCUCAGUGUGUACGUUGUAUGUUAUGGAGGCUGAACGUUCCUGCAGAGCCAUUGUUGGUGAGGGGGAGGGUUCCCCUCUGCUGCUGCUGCUGCUGCUGCAGUGAGCUGUCAGCGGAGGAUGGCUGGAAAACAGGCUGCGAUACAAACAACGUAACUGAAAAGAAACCUUUAACGUCGAUGCAUAUAUAUACGAUAUUUUACAAUUUUAACACAUCAUGUGUUUAAUGAGACAAUAUAAACACACACAGCUGUAACGUCACGUUUUCAGGCCAAAAAUAACUCAGGUAAGCCGUCAUAGUCCACUGGUGUCCAUAUCUAUAUCCAGUAAUCCACACAACCAGGACAGGAUAUUUCUGUCUAGACUUGCGUUUCCAGUCCCAUUUAAUCAACUUCUUUACCAAGCAACCGGAGCUCUUAUUCCUUUUUGUAGUAAUUACUGUGUUACUUGGUCAUUGUAAUUGUAAAAAUACACUCCAUUCACAGCCCACAGAUGAAGCCUUCUGUCCAUGUGCACAAACCUAUGCUAAGGGACAUUUAUUCUGCUGAUCUAUUAGAAGUUUUGACAUUUUCUGCCACACUGUAGCUGUUCGUGCUCUCCACUGAUUACUCUCUUUGUAAACAAAGGCCAGUACAAGCUGGAUUUGUGUCUCAACUAAGGCUGGGCGAUAUGGGGAAAAGUAUAUCUCAAUAUAUUUUUUUAUAUCAGUCAAUAUCGAUAUAUAUCAUGAUAUAAAAAAUGAAAUACAAAAUAUACAAAAUACAUUGCAAUACAAUAAGCUACUGCAUCUGUAAGGUCUUUGUGUUGCUCUCACAUUUUGUUGUAAGGCAUUGCUCUAAAGAAAGCAGGCUAAAUGGUCAUGUGUUUCGGCUGGACAGGUGCCAUGGGCUCCUUGCUCCACUCGUGGUUUGUAACCUUUGCAUUGCGCAUGCUCUGCAGCGUGGCACUGCUUCAGGUGGUGAAAAAGAUUUUCGGUACUCCCGACUUUGCGAGAACAUGUCUGACCUCAAAAAAACAAAAUACCUCCACACCACCGACAUUUUCGUGCCAGUGUUGUUGACGAUGUUGUCAUCUGUUGAACCUUUAUCUGCAUUUCUGCCAGGGGUAGCACUCAUUUUCUUUUCUUUUUUUCUCAGUCCGACAGUGCUGUCAGCUUCACAUGUUAGAAUGUGAUGGUUGCGUGUAGCUGCAGCCUGCUUCUACGCAGUUGUUUCUACUUUGUUCUUAUUCAGCACAUGAUUGGUUCAGCGCAAAGCAGACCCGGAGCCACGUCCCUUUUCAUUGGCUAUUGGUGUAGUCUACCAAAACAUGGCAGAAUGCCGACUAUUGAAAAAAAUAUUGACCAUGUUUUAUAUUGAUAUUGAGGGAAAUAAAUUUUUGAUAUAUAUUGUUAUUGUUUUAUCGCCCAGCCCUUGUCUCAACUAUCACUGAAACCUGGGGCAUGUUCCAUAUGAGGACUUCCUCAGACCCACAAGCUGUAAAGAACAACAUAAUAGCAGCUAACAGAACAGUAGAAAAAGUGUGGUGAUGAGCUACUGUGAACCUCAGUUAGCCUGAAAUGCUUUCUAUAAAGGCAUAAUCUCCAAAUGUUUAACUUCAUAUGAGUGGCAAAGCAGCUAAAACAAAGCACUUUAGGAUGCAGCUGAUUAGUGCCUUUUAAAAAAGCUGUCAUGGUUAACAAUAAAAGAAAAAAGACGUGAUUGACGUGAUGUAGAGAAACAUGGUAACCACAAAAUAAAUCAAUAAAUAAAAUAGUAAAAUUAAUUUAACAUGAAAAAAAGAGGGAAAGUCUUGGCCCAUACAUGCUUAAAUGUGCUUGCAUAAUGUUUUUUUCCAAUAGCACUGAUAUUGUAUGUAAUGGAGUCAACCUAAUAGGCACUUAUUGAGGUAAAAACACUUAUUAGUGAUUUGUUGCUCAUAAAAACCCACUUAAAAAUCCUGAAAAUUUUCGAUUGGGCUUGUAACAGCUGAUUGGGAAGACACUGGGUUAAUCACAGGACUAACAGUAGAAGAGCAGACUAUCAAACAGUCUGAGACAUCACAGCACAAAAUUAUCAGCCAAUAGUACAGGUUACAGAAAAGAUCCCAAUGCUUGUUUUAUUCACCCUGGAUUGUUCUUCGGCUGCCUGAUAUUGAAGGAACAGAUUGUACAUUUUGUUAUUGCCACCCUACUUUACCAACACUUGAGCCAGAAAAAAGUGCCCUGGUCUAUUUAUUCUCUGCCAGUUGCAGGGGGGAUGUGGAUGUAAAUGGGAUGAAUACACUUUUUUGGUUUCGGUGCAUACAUAAGGUGAGAUGUGCUUCCCGUCCUGCACUAUUGACCUACAAAACACCCACAGGUUACAUACAGAGCUUUUUAUCCAUCCCCCCACUUUAUUUUAUUCAAUCUUAUUUCCACCCCCUCAGCCAAACACAUGUGAAAAGGUUUCUUUUUAUCUGGAGUGCUUCACUGACUGAGUCACCAGGAGCUUGAGAGGGAUUGCAGCUUUUAGUUAAAUAAUAAUGGCACAGUGGCAUCUGAAGCCUGGUGUUUUGUGUUGGUAUGUUUUCAUGCCACUAUUAAACAAUUACACUUAAAAAAAAUUAUGACAUAAUAAAAGGUAAUUCUUUCAUAAUUGGAAUAAGUAAACUGUCAUAUAUUCUUUGUUUUAAGUCUCAAGUGUUUUUCUUAAUUCUGAUGAUUUUGCCUUUAUAGCUCAUGUAAAUUAGAAAUCUAUUAUCUGACAUUAUUGGAAUAUUUCCUAAAAUCAACCACAGGAAAGGAUUUAUAAUGUAAAAAUGAUCGGCUUCUAAGACAUUUUCAUUUAUUGCACUUGGUUAGUCUGAGGUUGUGGCUCUUAACGACUUUUACAACAUCAGUGAUCCAAAGACAGACCAUACAUUUUUAAUCCAUUUACAUAUGCAGUACAGUCCAUCAAAUAUUUCAUCACCCACCAUAAAUAUGUGUGAUUUUAUGCGUUAAUGAUGAUCACUGCAGCACACACACACAUAGUGCACAUAUUUGCUCAGAUUUUUUUUUCCACCUCAUCAACAUCAGACCAAAAAGAGCUGGGCAGGGAUCAUCUUUUGAAUAGAGACCCUUUUUUUUGUUUUAUAUUAUGCUUUUACUAACUUACUUAAAAAGCAACAAAACUCCAUAGUUUAGGAAUUAGGUCAUUUCACUCUCUCCUAAUAUGGAGGAUUUAGGAUUUUUAAGACAGAGCAUUUUAAAAUGAUCAAAUCGAAACAUGGCAGCAGCACAAAGCAAUCUCUGAUUUAUAACCACUAAAAACAAGCAGAUUGUAUAAAGAACAUAUAUAUUUACAGAGCCUAUGUGUGCAAAACUCUUUAUCCUUACUGCACCUAAUCUGUUGCCCUUUAUGUGUUUUGUAACAGUCAGCAGCCAGCAGCUGGGGUAGCAUACACUCAUCCCACCACAGUGGCCAGUUACACCGUUCAUCAAGCGCCUGUGGCGGCUCACACUGUGGCAGCAGCCUAUGCUCCCACAGCAGCCACCGUUGCCGUAGCGAGGCCUGCGCCGGUAGCUGUGGCAGCUGCUGCUACUGCUGCAGCUUAUGGAGGAUACCAGCCGACACAUGCUGCCACCGACUAUGGCUACGCUCAGCACCAGCCUGAAGUUCCUCCACCCCCUCCACCUGUCACCUCACAAAACUACCAGGUACACUUGGAGUUUACAGAAAUAAUGAAAUCUGAGUUUAAUUUUCUUUUGAAGCACACUUUGACAUGUGUAACCCCAAAGUUUGUAUUCAGCUCCUAACUCUUUUUACUCUCCUUCUCAGGACACUUACUCGUAUGUCCGCUCCACAGCUCCUGCUGUGGCCUAUGACAGUAAGCAGUAUUACCAGCAGCCCACUGCUACAGCUGCUGUUGCUGCUGCACAGCCACAACCCAGCGUGGCAGAGUCCUACUACCAAACGGGUAAAUACACUCCUUAGUGAUUGUGAUUCAUUUAUACCCUUUUUUUAAAGAGGUGUUUUUGUAUAAGAUCAUUGUACUUGCAGAGCUUGAGCUGUGUCAUUUAUGCAACUCUUACUCUGUUGCCAAAGAUUUCAUUAGGCAUUGUAGUCACUUUACUGAUAUAAUAAAACUACCCUUUAAUUUAAAAGGAAGCAAUAUAUAGUGAAGUUUUAUUCAACUCUCAAUUUGUUUGCUAUCAAGCAUGUAAAGAAAUCUCUCAACAGGUAUCAUUGAAUUAAUGUCAGCAUCCCAGAUCAUUAAUUUUACUGAUUUAUAGAAAACAUUCACUAACAUACACACGUUUCAUAAAGUUGGGAUAGAAAGAAAAUAUUCUGAGAGCUAAUGUUCUUUUUGUUUAUUUUAUUCUAUUCUCAGCCCCCAAACCAGGAUACAGUCAGGGUGUAACAUCAUACACACAAAGCCAGCAGACCCGACAGGUGACCGUGAUAAAACGAGCAGCUCCCAGUCCGGCCUCUUCCACCUUCUCCAUCUACCCAGUGACCUCCACAGUCCAGCCUGUGGCUGCUGCUGCUUCUGUGGUUCCUUCGUACUCCCAGAGCCCGACAUACAGCACCAACGCUGUCACAUACUCUGGUAAGGCCUGACACAGGGUUUACUGUUUACUGAAAUGGUUCGCAUGACACGUUGUAGGAAAAGUGGAACAAACAAAGCUGUGUUUUGUCUUUUCAUAUGUAAUUAGCUAGUUUUAGCAAGUCAGAAUGCACAGCCUGUUUGCUCCUUGAUUUUAACUUGCUUAAAGUGACAGUGCACAUAUGUUAAGCUGUUAGUUCAGCAUGUUGGCGUGCAAGGUUUCCAAUUCAUAAUUUGACAUUUUAAAAGUGGGACAGCACAGAAUACUCACACACCCAGUAACGCACUCUCAAGUCUGUGUUAGGAUUUGGCCAAUCUUAAUAAUAAUAAUGCAUUUUAUUUAUAAGUGCCUUUUGUAACACUCAAGGUCACUUUACAGAUAAAAACAGAAUGGGCUAUUCUAAGCAGCUGGGUUUGGAGUCUGGUCUUGAAGAGAGGGAGAGGGUCAGUGUUCCAGAUGUCUGGUGGUAUUGAGUUCCAGAGCUUGGAGCAGAGCGGCUGAAAGCUCUACUCCCCAAGGUGCUGAGGCGGGCAGAGGGCAUGUCGGAGGAGAUCACAGAGAUAGGGUGGCUGACCUUGAAUGCAUACAGGAGGAUUUUGAUUUCUGUUCUGGAUUUAACUGAGAACCAGUGGAGCUGCUGUAGGACAGCGGUGGUGUGGUGAAAUGAGUGAGUUUUGGUGAAGAUACGAGCAGCAAAGUUCUGAACCAGUCGAAGUUUAUGGAGAGAUUUAUGAGGAAGACCAAAGAGAAGAGAGUUACAGCAAUCAAUCAAACGAUGGCAGUAGGAUUACACAAAACAGUGAGCAGAUUCUAAGUCGUUCUUUUUUCUCCUCAUCCUUUCAAGGAACAUCGUACUCUGGCUACGAGGCAGCGGUUUACUCUGCAGCUUCCAGCUACUACCAACAGCAGCAGCAGCAGAAGCAGGCGGUGGCAGCUGUGGCAGCAACAGCAGCGUGGACUGGGAACACAUUCACGAAGAAACCCUCAUUCCAGAGCAAACAGCUACGACCCAAACAGCCGCCAAAACCCCCUCAGAUCCACUACUGUGAUGUUUGUAAGAUCAGCUGUGCCGGCCCACAGGUGAGUUCAUACAGCACACAGGAACACAGAUUCAAAUUCAGAAACAUGUAUAUCUGGUCAAAAUUGUAUAAAUCCCAAGAUUUGUGGGAAUGAAAGGCCUCUUUCUUCAUCUGUUAACUUUUUUCCUAUUGUUGGUUUUAUAAUCUGUAAACUAAGAGGCCUUUAUCAAAUUUAGAUCAUGGUAAAUACUGCAGAGCAAUUGGGAAUAGUUGUGAUUUUUAAUACUUUAUCCACUAAAUACUUCAGACUUACAAGGAGCAUCUGGAGGGUCAGAAACACAAGAAGAAAGAGGCAGCCCUCAAAGUUACUCAGAGCAGCACCAGCAGCGGGAGCAGUGGAGGAGUUUUAGCCCGAAAUGCUCAGAAUCAACUCCGCUGUGAACUCUGUGAUGUAUCCUGCACUGGCGCUGACGCCUACGCCGCACAUAUCAGAGGAGCCAAACACCAGAAGGUAAGGAGAUGAGCCGUGUGAAAGUAAACUCCGUCUUUGUCAUGACUUCUCUCUAAACAUUUAAAUCACAACUUUAAACUCGAGCUCUGAUGUCUGCCUAUGUUGCUCAGUGGUCUUGUUUCCAAAGAGACUUACUUGCCAAACAUGAAUCCUCUUAACGUCAAAUAUACAUAAUCUUCUAUCCUGUGCACUGAUGUGGAGGAUGAAGCCUAAAAAUCAUCCUUUCAAAUCCACUCCUACUGACAACGAAACACUGACAGCUUAGUGAAACAAACGUCUUCUGUCUGUUUUCUUUGGAUGCUCCAGUUUCCUUUCAUGGAGUAUGCUCUCGUUUUGCUUGUUUCUUCAAAACCUAUUAACUGAAAAUGUGUUUUUCAGUUAUGGUUCAAAUUUGAGGGCUAAGAAAGAAAGUUUUAAACAAGGCAGUGCUGCAUUAACAGAAAUACAGAACCUCAACCGUAAGCCUGUAAAUACGAAGUUGAAUUUUGAAUCCAAAUUACUGUUACUUACUACGUCUUUUAAAUAGGUCGUGAAGCUUCACACCAAACUUGGAAAGCCCAUCCCCUCCACGGAGCCCAGUAUGGUCACUCAGACGUCAUCCUCAACCACAGCUGCCCCAAGUAAGACCACCACAGCUUCCCUAAACAGCUCCAGCACCUCUAGCUCUCUAUGUGGCUCCGCCUCCUCCUCCACUGCCUCCGCCUCCAGCGCUACCUGCUUGAAACCCGUCAACAUCGUCAGCAGCGGUGUGGGAGGAAUCAAGAACCCAUUAGCCAGCAGCCUCUCUGCGGUGAACUCCGCCACAGCUGGGAAGAAAGUCAGCACACCCAAGAUCAACUUUGUUGGUGAGUGAAAGGAUUUUAGCAGUAAAGCACCAUUAAAAGGUAAAAAAAAAAGCCAUAUUUACACUGUACCAAGAUGUGUCUAAAAGUGGAUUCAUACAAGAAUUGGAGAUUUUGCAUUCCCUAAAUCUUUGCAAAUGCACAAAGAAAACACCAUCUGAUCCAUAGAGCAUGCACAAAGGAAUAAGAGUACCACCAACUGUUCUCAACUCCUGACUGUUGUGAUUAAAUGUUUUAUUUCUCAAUCACAGGUGGGAAUAAACUACAGACAACAGUGAAGAUGGACGAGGGUAGAGUCGAGGCCAAAGUCGACUCUAAACCUGCCAUGCCCUCUUCAGGUCUUCAGGACGCAAAGACUGAUCUGUCAGAUUCUCUUUCCACGUCAGCUCUUGCUGCUCUGCAGAGUGACGUUCAACCAGUUGGUCAUGACUAUGUUGAAGAGGUACGUUUUGGCAGCUCCCUGCGUAGACUUAAUCUGACAUACAGUAAGUCUAGUUGAGCUAAGAUUUAAUGUUUCAAACUUAUCUCUAGGUCCGAAAUGAUGAAGGCAAAGUCAUCCGCUUCCACUGCAAACUGUGUGAAUGUAGUUUCAAUGAUCCCAACGCAAAGGAGAUGCAUCUAAAGGGGAGAAGACAUCGCCUGCAGUACAAGGUGACUGUCUAAUUCAAAGAUAUUUUUUCCAACAUGAUUACCUGCUGCAUUUGCCAGGACUCUCUGAGGAAAUGUUUUUUUGUGACGCUUGUAUUCUACAUGUUUUGCAGAAAAAGGUGAACCCAGAUCUGCAGGUGGAAGUCAAACCGAGCAUACGGGCGAGAAAGAUUCAGGAGGAGAAGAUGAGGAAGCAGAUGCAGAAAGAGGAGUACUGGAGACGAAGAGAGGAGGAGGAGCGCUGGAGGAUGGAGAUGCGGUAAGCUCAUUUCUUUUGUAAAGUAGGAGAUUUAGUAUGUCUGUAGCACACAGUCAGCUUUUGAAACGUUAGAACGGGAUCUGAGUGAAAUUUCCUUUAAGUCUGUAAUAGAUAGUUAAUCGUCUCUUUUUGUUCAGGCGUUAUGAAGAAGACAUGUACUGGAGGCGCAUGGAGGAGGAACAGCACCACUGGGACGAUCGACGUCGCCUGCCGGAUGGAGGGUAUCCACAGGGGCCUCCUGGUCUACUGGGGGUCAGGCCUGGCAUGCCUGGUCUGCAGCCACAGGGUCCUGUGGUGGGUUUGAGAUUGUACCUGAGCAGAGUGAACAGUCUAUUGAAUCUUUAUUAGGAACUCUCAAGCUGUUUAUAUCAAGCAUUAACGUUGAAUCUGGGUGACAUUGCUGAGCACUCACACCUGAGAUUAAAGCUUUUAAUCCAGUCACCCAGAUCUGAUGAUACUGCGAGGUGUAAACAAGAUCCAUUCCAAACAGUCUCUCUGUUACGAGUCUGACUUUGUCCCUCUGUGUUCCAGCCUCCUCGGCGGCCUGAUUCCUCAGAUGACCGUUAUGUCAUGACCAAACACGCAGCCAUUUAUCCCUCUGAGGAUGAACUCCAGUCUAUCCAGAAGAUUGUGUCCAUCACAGAACGAGCCCUGAAACUGGUCUCAGAUAUAAUUACUGACCAAGACAAGGGGAAAGAGGAGGACAAAGAGAAGAAAGAACCUGCUAAAGACAGGUCCGAGAUGUGGGUGAUUUCAUUCCUUUUACCCUAAUUCACAUUGUGUACUGACUGUAGACAUUAGUCUAGACAGUCGUAUGAAGGUCUUUACGCAGAAUGUAUUUUCCAGACUGAUGUUUCCAUGUAUUUCCUUUUUUCUCUUUUGACUCUCAGGGCUCUAAAGGGAGUGAUGAGGGUCGGGGUCCUUGCCAAAGGUUUGCUGCUUCGCGGUGACAAGAAUGUAAACCUGGUCUUGCUCUGCUCAGAGAAACCCACCAAGAGCCUCCUGACACGCAUCGUGGAGCACCUCCCCAAACAGCUGACAGUACUGUCCUCACAUAAUAAUCACUCCACAGUUCAUUUAACAGCGGCCACUUUGGCUGUUGUUCUUUAGGAGCCACCUGGAGGAUAGUUCCUAUUUAAGAAAGCUCUUUAAAGUGUUUUGUCUGAUUUGUAAACUGGACUGGACCCUUUGGUAGAAACACAGCCUUAAAACCACCCCCAGUACCAGUUAAAAUGGCCAUGUGAAUUUGGAUUUGGUGUACCAGUUGCAUUUACUGUGAAUUUAAGGAGCAUGCUAAGUACAUGAACCUCUUCACUGUUUUCCCAGGUUGUAACACCAGAGAAGUACGAGGUGAAGGGAUCCAUCCAGGAAGCAGCAAUCAUUCUGACUUCCUGCACCGAACCAAAGAUGCAAGUGACGAUCACACUGACCUCACCCAUCAUCAGAGAGGAGACGGGCCGGGACGGAGGUUGGAGACCCCCUCACAGCCCUUUCCUGUGCACUUCUUUUCUUGCCUUUCUGCUCUUUCUCUAUGAAAUCAGUCUUGAUAUGUUGGUUGAAUCCCUGAAGAGCAGCAUCCUGCUGGCACUCCACAAACGCUGUUUUGUUGGGCUUUGAAUCCGAUCAUCCUGGAAUCUUGCUCUCCAUUUGUGAUUCAUUUCAGAAAUCAAAAAUGAUGGGGCAACCGAGGAGUGCAAGCUCAUCAGAACUUGAGUUGUGGUCUCUUUCCCACAGGGUUUCUUUCUUUGUGCAGAGUGUUUUACCUGCUGAAAUUUCAAAGUAACAAAUUCAAUCAAAUUAGAAAGAAUACAUUUAUCUUACAACCCCAAUUCCACCAAAAUUGAGCAGUUGUACAAAGUUGUAUAAAAACAGAUGUUGAUGGUUUGCAAAUCAUUUAAACCUUUUUAAUUGAAUAUAGUACAGAAAGAAAACAAUUUUCUUUCAUUAAAACUAUAUACUCAUUUCAUAUUUGGUACCAGCAGUAUGUUUUAAAAAGGUUGUGACAGGGACAACACUGAAAAGUAGUGUAAGUACUUUAAAACACCCGAAGCAACAUCUCCUAACUAAUGAGGUUAACUUGUAAUAAGUUAGUAACAUGAACCAGAAAUCAAGAAAGGCUGAGUCUCAGAAGUACAGAUUAGAUCUGUGAGAGACUGCGUGAGCACAUGAUACAACAAUCGUGGAUAAUAAUUCGUGAAUCAGAUGGCUGUGAUCUUUAGGCCCUCCUUCAGUAUUGCAUUAACAACUGACACGGCUCUGGUGGAAAAUACUGCAUUGGCUUAAAAUCACUUCCAAAGACUAUUUUCUGUUCUCACAGAUCAUUGCAGCAUCCACAAUGCACCGUGCAAAGUGAAUACUAUAUUUAAACAUGAUCCAGAACCGCUGGAGACUACACUGAGCCUGAGGUGAAGUGGAAAACUGACCUGUGAUCUGAUAAAUCAAAUGUUGAUAUUCUUUUAGAAGUCAUGGUUGUCUUGUCCUUCAUCUUAAACCACAGAGGGGCCACACCGCUUAUCAGUUAAAAAUCCAGCCUCCUUGCUGGUUUAGGGAAUUCAUCAGAGUCCAUUUUAAGACUAUCUCACACAUCAGGGAGGGCUCCAUUAAUACUGAUAUACACUGCACGGCAGCAUAUGUUGCUCCAAAAGCUGACUAACUUGCAUGAUACUACUAGAUAAUGUUAAGCUAUAUUCUGUAUGUAUUACAACAGUGUAGCUUCACAGUAGAAGAGUACAGUUGCUAAACUGGCCUCCCUGCAAUCCCAACCUGUCACCCAGUAAAAACAUUCGGUGCACAAAGAAGUUUAAUACACAACAUAGGAAACUUAAGGAGUUCAAACCCUGAAGUGGAACAAAAUUGUAAUUUCCAAACUAUACUUGCAAACCAUUAUAUUCUUUUUUUAUUUAUCUUUUACACGGCUUCCAAGCAUUUUGGGAAUUUGGGUUGUAAUAAAGCAGCACAUUUAGAUAAUCUUGUUUACUAAUUUGAGGAGGGAGACCCCAUGGUUUUAACCUUUUUUUCUUCUUUUUUUUUUAAUGAAGUGGGGCAGAUUACUUGACCUAAAAGGAAGAAAGAGGAAAGUGCCAGCAGUUCUGCUCUUGGGCUUUUUGCUCUGUAACUCCUUCCUCUCAAAUGCUAUCUUUAUCCCUUAAACAAAGCAUGAUCAGUGUUUGCAUUGUGUUAAGUCUAGUUAUUCCCAGGUGAGAUUCUAUUUUGUUUCCUGUGUUUCAGGAGAUUCACUUUCUAUUUUAUUAAUAGCCAGAAUCAACAGGAGACGUCCAUUGCUCUAUCUUUUCUCCAAGCUUUCCUAAAGAUCAGGAGACAAAAAAAGAGUGCAGAAGAUAAAAGUAAAAGUCAACAGAAGACAGUUCUGUUCCUGAAGUUUAAAUUUGGCAUCAAGUCUGCAAACUUGUUUGAAAUCUUCUCUCUCAAAACAAGAUUUGGCAGAAAGAAUAAGAAGUUAUUUCUCACAGGAAACAAAUCUUCCUUUGUGUACUGGUGAAGAGUUCACCAUGCUGAGGUCCCCUGUUCCUAAAGUGCUCCCCUGAGUUGAUUUUAUGUUCCUUUACACACAUAAAAACUCAAAUUGGGCCCACUAGGAGAUGAACUGAAGAUCUGUUCAGCAAAAAAUGACAGUUUUUGUCUUUUGAUUUCUCUGAAAACAGAAAGAUGAGGACCAUUUUUUGUUUUUUGAUUUAAUUGAAAAUAUGAAGACAAAUCUUGACCAAUAUUUUUUUUUUGUAAACCUGACUAUCUUGAACUAUUCUUAGGGGAGUAUUGUUAAGUGCUCAGGUAAGAAAGCUAUGACAGAGGAAUCUUUGGUUGGACCUGAGUACAGCCUCUGGAUUGUUGGGGUCUUAUUCCAACCUGCUGAUGUUAGGUAUGCAUGCAGUGAUAUCCUAACCCCUUUUGUUUGCUGGUAGCUCUCAUGUUUUUUUCUCUUCUUCAGCACCCAUUGCUUCCUCCUCUUUAUAUCUGUAGUGAUAUAUACAGUCCAGAACACAGACCCCUUUACUCCUCUAAGCAAAAAGACAAGAAAAAAAAACUUCUACAUUGUCUCCUAUCAGAGGUUAAGAAGGGCCCAACAGCUUCGGAAGGAUUUUUGACCAAGGUUUUCUCACAUCCCAAAAACUUUGCCACACCUACUACUGCCAUGCUACUUUUUAUCAGGUCAUUUUUUAAGAGAUAUGACUCUUUCUUUCUCUCUGCAUCAACUUCAAACUAGAGCAAGUUAAGACCAAAGAUUUGCAACCAGAAAUCAAGCUUGGACCGACUGACACUGUCUCAACUGGUUUUAUUAGAUAAGAAAUACAGCCUGUUAAAAUACUCUGUCAGCCUGUAGAAGUCCCAGAGUCUUUUGCUCUCCAGGCUUAAACCUGGGCCUGAGCACAGUUAUCUCCAAUAAAUACAACUUUUCUCCAAGAUAAUUGAUUUCCCCAAGGACCUCUGAGUGGGUUUUAUCCAACUGCCUCUAAAUAUUCAUGUCCAUCCACUUUUCAGAUUACAACUCAACCUCUGCAACCUUCCCUCAAGAUGGUACAGAGCACUGAUACUAGUCCAAAAAUUGACUUUAGAGGUGAAACAGUUGUGAAAUGGUUACAGAUAGUCUGGGGUAAAUUUAUCUUUAAAUUACAAACUGCCAGCACAUGGAAAGGGUAAAGUUUGGAUCAAAUGGAUCCCUAAACUCAAUCUCAGUAAUUCCAGCAAUCCCAGAACGCAUGGUCAGUCGCCUCUUUUUAGUUGUUUGGAGUUUUUUAGUGUCGUUUUUUAUUAUUUGAGAAAAUGGGACAGUGGACAGAGCAGGAAACUCCAUCAGAGAGGAGACAGGAACCGAAAUCAAACCUUGCCCAUCUGCUUGCAGCAUAAGCUCCAUAAGCACGAUGUAGACUCAGAUUGCUCGGCCAGCAGCACCCCAGCCAUCAUGUAUUGGAGUGGUUGGGAGUGAUUACAGAUUUUACCAGACUUCUUGUCCGAUUCCAGGAAUUUCUCUUCAAAGAACCAAGUGGGUCUUGUGGUCCUUUGUGGUCUACAUUUCCACACAGUCCAAAGUCCUGAGUAGAGUAUGAAAAUCAGACCAAUAACAUUGAGAUAGUAGUCCAGGAAACUUUUUGGAAAAUUGCAUCUCUUGUGCAGCUCUUUAUUUUCGGUAUUUAUCAUUUUGGCAACAAACAAGCUGCUUUUAUUAUUGGAUAACUCCAGGUCAUUAAUGUAGAACUUUUUCCUGGCAGUUUUUGAUACUGUUGAACCUAAAAAAAAUAAUGUAGAGUAUCAUUUUGAAGCAUGUGAAAGUCUACUUGUUGCAAAUCUUUAGUCUUAACUGAGGUUCAAAGUUCUUAUAAUUCCUCUUCUCUCUUUGAAAAUGAGCAAAAACAACUUCUCCAUGCUACUGAAAGAGAUUGUAGGCAAAUUUACAACACAAUUACCUGAUAAAAUGGUAUUGGCUUCAAGAUAUCUGGGAGAUUAACACAUGUAAUUCAGCUACAAACACAUGAGUCCAACUGUGUUUAUUGUUGAGUCAGUAAAUUCACACUCUUCUCACAGAAUAUAGUGACUUAACAUCUCGUACACUGUUGAUCUGUAUCCACUCACUUUGACCAUGUGUAGGUUUGUGUAGUCAGUUUUCCUGUGUCAGUUAGCUUUUUUCAGAAAUCACAAAAUCUCACAACCCACUGCAGGUUGUCCUGGAAACAAACUUUGGUAUGUGUGGCAAUGUGUUUGUUCUCUGCCAGCCUCGCUGACCUGGUCAAACACCCGUUCCUCAUCACCAUUUUGACACUUGAAAUCCAUUUUUAGAUGUAACCUCGGGUAUGGUGAAAGACCCAGCGGACGUCUUGGACAGGCAAAAAUGCCUUGACGCUCUGGCUGCUCUGCGCCACGCUAAGUGGUUCCAGGUUCGGAACAUCAUUUUACUUUCUUAUUGUAGCCUUAUGAGAUGCAUUCUUUAUUUGUUUAUUCAUUUAUUUGUGUUUUACACAUUUGGUUUUCAUUUUAUAUCCAAGAGGAAAACUAUUACUAUUUGAAGAGAAAAAAGAUAUAUUCAAGGAUGCCAAACAUAACAACAAGGAUCUGAUUAUUAUCCAUCCAUGUAUGCAAUAUAACUCUAAUUUCAUUUAAAGAUUUUUAUAUGAAAAAAACUUGUCUUAACAAAAAUAACUGGCAUCCUUGUAUUCCCUUUCAAUUGUCCAAGUAUUGUAGGUUCAUGUGAUUCCAUAAGGCUGCACAAUAACUUGCACAGAGUUGUGCCAUCAAGAAGUGCUUCCAUGUUUGUAUUGUUUUUACUCUAUAUAUUUAGUAGAAUGGGGAUUGAGAGAAAAAAAGAACAUCUGAGUAUUUUCCUGUGAUUCUGCUCUCUGAGCACAAGCACAGGUAAAGUAAAGCAGAUUUCUUUGGAUCUGUCAGUCCCUAUACUCUCCUCUCAGGUGGACUCUUGUACUCUUAAGUACCUGUUGGUCAGAAACCUGAUAAACCUGGGGUCAGGGUUUAGAAGAUGGCAAGAAACGUGCUCAUUUCUUGUGCAUCUUGCAAACUUUGAACUUCCUUACUAACUGUGAGGUACAAGACUACUGGGAAUGGCAGCUGAUUGCUAACUCUUACAGCUCAUUUGCACCUCAAAGCAUACUCAAGCUUCCAUUAUGCACAGUAGUGUUUGGACCUCUAUGGCAGAACUGAUUCACCUGUUUGGUCCAUCUCCUGUCACCUGUGUGUUACUGUGUAAACCUAACUUUAUUGCAUCAAAAGGCUAGAGCCAACGGACUUCAGUCCUGCGUGAUCAUCAUCCGGAUCCUGAGAGACCUCUGUCAGAGAGUCCCCACAUGGUCGCCCUUCCCAGGAUGGGUAAGAUAUUUCAGCAGUUUGUGAGUUUUGAAGGUGUCGUAAAUGAGAAUUUCAAAUUGGUGGGCAAAAUGUAAGUCAUUCAGAAUAGUAUUUCUCAAUCCUUUACCAAAAGCACUCUGAUAGUGUAAGCUAUUUAGGACCAAUGUAACAGAUUUCAAGAAAUAGUACAACAUUAAACCACAUGAAUCUAGCAACAUGUUGUUUCUUAACCUCACUACUUUCAUCCAGAGGUCACAUAUAUAGUUGAAGAUAUCAAGUAUGAAUACUGUAAGACCUCAGUUCAAAAAGAAUAGACUUUUUUUUGAAAUUUGUUUCUAAAAGCAGAAUUUUACAGAUUGCAAGUCGUUUAAAAUCUGUAUUCAGUUAAAAUACAGCUGAGACAGUGUAUGAAAUGUUCAAACAAAACACUUAAAAAGUUGUGUAAUGCUACAACUUUUAAAAAUAUAUAUAUAAUGAAAAUAUUUAGAGAAUCUGGAUAAAUCUCUGUACAAAUAGGACAAGGCCUGAUAGCAUUACUGGAUGACCAUAAUCUUCAGGUGGCACUGCAUUAUUGACAUUGAAGUUGAAAUCACUGCAUAGGAUACAAAUCAGUUCCAAAAACCAUUGAUGGUACACAUAGAUCAUUGCUGCUUUAGUGGUUACUAGUGACAUACACUUGUGGGUGUUAUUUAGUUACCUUAACAGGUAACUGUAGCUGUUGGCCAGGAGCAGACAUCAUCAGGUAGUACACAACCCUCUUAGAGCAUUUGGUCCUCUAUUACACCGUUCUCCAGUUGGUGGACUAGCAGUGGUGGCCAUCUCACUGCCCAUCUGCUUCUGGCCUUCAGUUUUCCUCCAGCGAUUCCACUUGAGGCUUGUUCUGCCUUCUCUCCCAUUCUGCGAGCUGCUUGUUUCUUGCUCUGUGUGUCCAGGCCAAGAGCUGACUUGACUGGGAAGUCCCUUCAGCUGAUUUCCACAGGGAAUGGCCAUGGUUGCCAGCCCUUGUCUCUACAGUCCUGGAACAUGGACUGGUACUUCAAGCCUUUCACUCGUGGCACCGUUAGCUCAACCAGAAUUAUCUCCAGGUCUUUGGUUGACUGGCCGUAGGGUUGUGUGCACCCCCUACGGGAACUUCCUACAUCGACGCGCAUCUUCUAGUGUUAGGGUUAGGAUGAACCUUCUCCUAUAAAGGUGAUUGUUCUCUUCUGGGUUAGAAGCGUACCAUGCAAAGAGGAAACCAUAAACAUGAACUUAAAAUUGCUGGGAAAACUCGCCCGCAGUCUGAUAAAUCAAAACUUGACUUUCAUUUUGGAAAUUAUGGCUAUUUGGGCAUCCCCCCUCAAACGUAGGUGGGCCAACAAGCUUGUUACCAGUUCUGAUACAGGCCUGUAACUGGCCUCAGUUUCAGUAUUUGACAAUAACGACUGAGCCCUCCCAUUGUCGAACCAUCUUCUCUGUUCCCUGUGUUCAGGCAAUGGAGCUGCUGGUAGAGAAGGCCAUCAGUAGUGCCUCUGCACCCCUCAGCCCUGGUGACGCACUGAGACGGGUCUUUGAAUGUAUUUCAUCUGGGAUUUUACUUCCUGGUAAGAACCUGUCUGUGUUUUUUCAUCUUUCACCAGUCUAGGUGUAUUUCUCAGAAAUAUAAAUUCUGCGCUAAGACCGAUGUGUCGACCUCUCCUUGGUUUUCAUUAAAAAAAAAACAAAAAAAAAAAACAAAAACCAAUGAUGUGAUUCAUGAUUCAAUUCCAACAGGUGGACCAGGAUUGUUGGAUCCCUGUGAGAAGAAGCCAGUGGAUACUCUGAUUCCCAUGAGAGAGCAGCAAAGAGAGGAUAUUACCUCAAGUGCCCAGGUACACUUUCUCUUCUAUAACAGCCGUUAGGUCCGAAAACCAACAACUGUCAUCAGUUAUGGUCAUAAUUCAUCAAUUGUGGCUACUGAAUAACAUAGUCAGAGUUUUCUCCUUUCUGUACAGUUAAGAGAGAAGGUAAAAAAAGAUGAAAUAGAGAGAAAAACAAAAACUGUUUUAAAGUGAGGGACUGAAAAAUAUAUAUGAGAGGAAAUAUAAUCCCACUGAGCAUUUUUGGUCUGAAAGAGGUCUAAUGGACGUCUAAAUGUAGCCUAGACAACUGGUCUAAAAUCAGACUACCACAGACCAAGUCUAAAUCUGGGCCAUAUCUAUACAACGCUGUAUAUUGCUCAACAGCUAUCAGAAUUACUUUGGUUAAGUUAUGCAACUCACAGUUGCUUUUAGAAAUAAACAGUUAAAAUUAGGUCUAAAAAAAAUAGAUGUCUAAUAGCCGUCUAUUGCUCGGUGGGAUGUGGCCCGAACAUUUGACUGUGAUGUUUAAUGUCAAAGUUGAUGUUUAAAAGAGAGAAAUCCUACAUGCCUACUCUUCAAACGCUCACUUUACUGAUAUGCUCCCAAUGAUAAGCUAAACCCGAGUACAAAUUUAAAGUUACUGUGUGCAGAAUGAGGAUUUUCAGCGACUUCUCACAUUAAGAUUUAAAAAGGGAAAGCUUCCCCACCAACACUCCUGGCACUAAAGCAACAGUGGCCGUCAAGAACAAAAAAACAUUAAUACAACAAAGGAAUGUUUGUUGUAGGUGUGCUUCUUGUAUAUAAUAUCACUAUGCUACAAGUAUCAAUUAUCAUGACAUCUCUGAAGAAUCUCAUCAUGAAGAAUCUAGUCAUAAUGUACACACCCCAGCUGUAGCCCCUGUGGCUCUUUCAACGUUUCCCAGAGGGAGUUUUCAAGUUAUUACAGCUCCUUUUAUCAGCCUGACUGAAGAAGACGGUUGGUUUGGAGACAGGUAACAACCAGCCUCAUAAACUUGUCCUUCUGGACCGGUGGGGCUGUACGUGUUUAGUCUGUUUAGCCUCUCUUUCUGAGCACUGACUCAACUCAACAGUGACCGAUAACCAAUUUUGGGGGCUCUGAAUGUCCCCUCUGUGUUCCUGUACAGUUUGCUCUGAGGCUGCUGGCGUUCCGGCAGAUCCACAAAGUUUUGGGUAUGGACCCUCUGCCCCAGACCAACCCUCGCUUCAAUGUCCGCAACAGCCGCAAGCGCCGCCGCGACAACAGCGAUGGGACAGACAGCUUCGAGGGCGAAGGCAAAAAAGACAAGAAGGAUUACGACAGUUUCUAAGCUCCUCUUUACUAAUUUAAGCGAGUUUGAGUCUAAAAAUACUAACAUGUUGUAAACACUGUCUCUGUGUGCUGGCCGAGCUCCAGUGUUUUUUUCUUUCUCUCCUUUUUAAGCUACAGACGAACCACCUACAUGCCAGCUCGUGUUCCGUUUUAGUUUUAGAUUUUUAAAAAGCCGGGCUUCACACCGCUCUGUCUUUUAGAUGAGUCAGAUCUGACCUGAUGUGUUGCUCACAGCUGCUGCUCCUCCUCUCCGAAUCGUCUGUUUGGUUUUUAAGUUGUUUUAAGAGGAAGAUGGACCUCACAGGAUCAAAAACAGAGCCAGUUUUCUGUACAUUGUGGAACAGAAAAGAUGAGUUUCGAUGCCUUCAUUCAUCCAUAGAGCUGCACCCAGAGGUGUUUUUUUCUUUCGAAUAUGAGUAAUAAGCUUAACGCAAAGUGAUGUGCGACGCUGUGGUCUUGUUCUGUAUCAACGCUAGGCGACACUAAAGAUGACAAAAACAAAAAACAAAAAAAAAGACCUCUGAGGCAUCACACAAACAUUCAGAAGAACUUUAACUGUAAAAAUAGAUUUUUGUUCAGUAGUGAAGCUGUUGGCUCUAAAUGUAGUUUUGUCUCUCUGUUUUCAUAUAAGUAUUUGUAUAAUCUUUAAAUAGCGAAAGAUGCUUUGGUUUGCCCUGUUUACUCCAUGUAACGUCAUGGCUCUUCUGGUUAAUAAGGAACUUUACCAGCCUGCUUGCCUGUUAACUCGGUUAGGUGCUAAAUGAAGUUUCAUACUGGAAAAAAGAGAAAUAUAACUUGAAUUCAGAGGGACGGUCAACUACAGACAGGGAACAUUUAAAGGGAAAACCAACAAAUAUCUCCUCAAUAAGGUCACAGAUUUAUUUGAAGUGUAAAUACAUUUUAGAAAUGAUGUUUGAUUUUGAUGAUGGUGAAAACAAAUAUCAUAUCACUCAAAGAUGUCCCUUACAGUUCUUUGACCAGAUGGGAUCCAAGACUGAAAAGACAAGUGUUUGAUAUAUCACGUUUUCAAAAUAUGGACUAAAUCCAAACCACAGCACUGGCAGACUCUCAAAUUUUGAGACUCGUUUUUGGAUCCAAUAUUUAUCAGCAAAUAUUGUACUUUUCUGGGUUUGCCUGUGUGCAUACUUCCCUGUGGGACUUGUGAAUAAUUGAUGACAAAGUGUAAUCUCUGAAGACUUGGUUAUUCUGCCCACAUCCAUUAAAAUUAAAUGCAGCAAGCAGAAAAAAUAAAGAAACCCACCUAAACCAUACUAGUAUAUCAGAGCCAAAAGACCCCUGAAGAAUGUAGGGAUCCAGGUUCCUCCUUUAAUUUAUCACCUGUCUGUGGUUGCCUUUUCAUUGUUGGUCCUGUUGUGAAUGCUUGCUGUGCCCUGCACUCUGCUUUAAAUAUUCCAGUAGAAGCAGAAUAAAUACAUUUCCAGAUUUCAGAAUUGUGUCUCCUGUGUCUCAUUUUACUCAACCACCUAGUUUCUCUCUUGGUAUGUAGUGUGAACAUAAAGUUUCAGGCUGGGUAAGGAUUUGAGGGUGAGGAAGCAUGAGUUGAUAAGCAUGUAGAUGUAACAGAUUGCAGAAAUGGAUUGUAGAGAUCGAUUAUUUUUAAUCUCGUACUAUAAUGUUCAUUGCUAAACCACAACAAGGAUCUUUGGGCACUUUAAAUGCCACCCUAAUCCCGAAAAGUUUGGACGCUGUGUAAUCUAAAAAAAAUGUGUAUAAAAGAAUUUCAUAAGAUUGAUUAAUGUGGUAACAGUCUGGAUUCGCCAGGGUGAAUACUUACAUUUUCAGAAACCUAAUCAUUCCUUUUUUUUUCCCCUCGAUUACACUAAAUUCAAAGCACAUUCUUAAGAGCAGUUAACUGGAGCAUCAAAACUCUAGAUUGUUCACAAAACUUAAAAAUAUUUCAAAUAUGUUUCAAAAUUAAAUUUUCCCGUUAGUUCCAUUGGGAGUGCCACCAGUGGAAAAGUUUUUUGUUCAUGUUUCAUACUGCUUGAAACUUAAAAUGCUGUUUCACCAUAAUCUGCUCAGAUAUGUCUUCUCUUUUACAAGUUUUUUUUUUUUCUUUUUGAAUGAGGUCUGUCUGUAUUAAAGUGGCUUAAAUACAGACAUUUAUUUUCGUUUGACAAAUAUCCCUAUCCAAUAAUGAUUGUAGACUAAAAAGAACUGUCCUCAUAUGAUGAUAAUGCAGGAACUACAGCUAUAUGGUUUUUCAUAUUUAAAAUUAUGUGAUCCGUCUUUUUAAUUGUUUAUUAUCAUGUUCGUAUUUAAAGUUUAUAAGGAAUUGUUAAAAAAUUGACCCUUUUCUACUAUUCGUAGUCUGUUUCUUAAUAGUAGACAUUGGUGUCCCAACACUUUUCUAUAACUCAGCCAAGCUUAUAUUCCAUUGUGACAUAAAAUGGAUUGACUGUGGUAAUGAUACACCAGACUAUGCAUGUAUUCCACCCAUAACAAAUCUUUUCAAAUUUCUUGAUGUGGAACUUACAUUAUGUCCAUUACUUACUAUUUUACAUCAGAAAACUAGGAUCACAUUGACUUUAUCCUCAGCUCUACAUUUGUAUCAAGAGUCUAAGUGUUUGAAGAUACCUUUACAAUGAAUGUGCCUUCAGUGAGGGAUGUAAUAAAAAACAGACAGGAGAAGUGUCUAUUUUUGGAAAUCUUUAUUUACCACAGAAAAAUAGUGAAUGCAGUUCAUGGAAAAAUAACUUUACUGAAAAGAUAAGUCUAUAUAAAACAUCACUGGAGGAAACUCGUUGAGGUUUUGAGACCUGAAGAGACUCCUGCUGCCUUGGGACUUAAAUGUGAUCUAUUAUUAAACUCAUAUAUUUGUGAAACAUCGAUCUACUAUCAGACAGCUUAAAACAUCAAACAAUACUAAUGAGAUUAGACUAACGCUGGUGACUAAAUAUUAUCACAUUUAAAACAAUAUUGAGGAUGAACAACACGAUGGCUUCAGAAAUUCACUCGCUGAAAGAUCUUAACAUUAAGUUAAAGAAUCAAAUGUGAUGAGUUAUGAAUUAAAUGUGCAGUAACACCCACAGGUCUGCGUGUCAGAAUCUCUACACAUCAAACUUAAGUCAAAAUAAAAACAUUUUUAUGUAAAGACCUGAGUUCAGUUUGACAUGAUUAGGUAAAAAUCAAUUGAAGUACACUACUCUAAAAAAAACACAGACAUUUGAAAAAAUGUAACGCCUGUUUGAAGUAAUUCAGGAUCUGUUUGAACAUCUUGCAAAUUAAAAAUGGAUCAAUGGAUUGGAUUUCAUGAUACAUCUAAUUAGAUCAUUUUGCAUAUUUCUGAGUCAAAAACAGAAACAAAUCAAAGUCAAAUGUCAGAGGCUGAAUCAUUACAUACAGCUCCUGCAAAUUGCAAAGCAGACAUUCACGAGUAGGAAAAUAUUUACAAUAUAAAAAUAUUCACCACUUCUACAUAUCAUUACUAUGCAAAAUAUGGCUUAAGAAACAAUCAGAAACAGUCUAAUUUGAGUUGUUUGUCUGAAUUUAAGUGCAGACUUUACUACAUGUAGGCAGUUGAUAGACUUUUGUGUUUUUUUUUCUUUUUUUAACCUGUGUUUAUAUUUUAACAGUACAUUAUGUAACUAUUAAUCAAUCAUCAACAGGGCCUUACGGUGUGUAUUUGAAAUAUUUCCAAAAACUUAAGUCAGGAAAUUUAUUCACUGACAAAAAAAAUUAGACUUCCCUUUUUCAAUUUUCUAAAUGUCCCAUAAUUUAAUCAACUUCACUUUUUGGUUUUUUUCAGAGAACCAAUUACUUUUUUGGCCCAAGCAUGCACCAGAAAAAUGAGAAAAAAUUAAGUGAUUAAAUGGGAAGUGGUUACAUUUAGAGGGUGAAGUUGAAAUAUAAGAAUAUAGCUGUAAUACUUUACAGUGAAGAUUUCACAUUACAAGAACUGUGAGGAACUUUCAGCAUAUCUCAGUUUUGGUGUCCUCUAAGGUCAAAGUGGUCCCACAGUAAAUUGACAUGAUGUAAACUGGACUUAUUGCAUUAGACUGACUAAAACAGGACUUUUAGAAUACAUGUAAACACGAUAUAUACCUGGAUAUUGCUGAAUUUUUUCUUGUAUAUGUACACUUCAAACUGAAGAAGGUUCAAACUGGCUGAAGGGGGCGCCAAAAUCAACACAUACAGAAAGUUCCUGACUGGGGCUUGAAAAAGAAAACUAAAAAUGAUCAGCCUUGCCCCCCAUGAUCUAAUUAGUUUUUUUUAUGGGUUAUAAGGGGCAUCAAUAAUAAUAUUGCUCUUAAGGUUGUAAAUUUAAGAGGAAAGUCAAAGUUUUCUAAGAGCAGCUCACCCUCAGCACCAAAAUAAGGAACAUGAACUGUCCUGUUCAGUUACACUUGAGCAAACUCUGAAUAGACUGUGCAGUGAACUGGGUUUAUUUCAAACUGGGGCAGUCUAGUAGGCAGCUGUAUACAACUAUGACUUUUCUCCAUUAUCAUGACUUUAUUUUCCUAAUUUAAGACUCUAUUCUUGUUUUAUGUUCGACUUGAGUUCACCAUUUCAUUCUUGGAAUAUUGGGACUAACUAAUGAAAUUUUCAACUAUUCUCCUUUAACCCAGCCAAUUUCUACGUCUACAAAGUGUGACCACUUUUUUAAAACAUGGAGGAUGAGCCCUCCUUAAAUAAAGGCCUUCAACAGAGAGCCCUAAAGUGUGGCGCAAGACUCGUGUCACCACUGCAUAAUGGGGUUUAGCAGACUGAACACAAAGAUUUUCAUGUUGUUAGCACCAAAUACGCUCAAUAUUAUAUGUCUGCAGAGACUGCAGUUUCAGUAACGUGAUUCUGGUAUUGUAUCUCUAGGACGCUGGUAUUGUUGAAUCAGUUAUGGUUAAGAUUGGGGUCAUGGCUAGGCACUGAAAACUGUUGCGCUACACAUUAAAAGUGUGUUUGUGUCUUUGGAGAUCCAAUACAUGUGAUGGUGCAGUCGAAAACAACAAGGGUCUUAUAAGUGCGGUCCGAAAAGUACAGUCCUGACUCUGUAGCCUCCAGGGUUGCAGGGUUGUUGCACUUCUUUGCGGUUUGUGCUGACUGACAGGAAGAGUAAGUAUGCAAAUCCCGUCCGUGUUCACCAUUCUCAAAUCUAUUAUAUUAUUGUGUCUCUUUUACCAAGCGCCAUGAGACUGGGUUGUGAUGGCAAUAUCAGAUCCUAAAUUCUGCUGUGACGCUUCGAUUUGCGGGUCGGUGUUGCCUCAUUGCUCUUCCUCUUGCGGAGACUUCUCGUCUGAGCUGGCUGAGGGCUCUCUUCUUCAUCAGACUCUUCCGCUUUUUUAACUUUAGCGCUACGGCGCCCUGGUGUGAUUGUUAUUGAAGGAACUACCCUCCCUCUCAAACUCCUUUUUCCAAUCACAACAGGCUCCUCCUCUUCCUCUGACAUAACCUCGUCGGCCUCUUCAUCUGUGUCUAAUUUCAAACUGGGGACACUGUGGUCAUUGACAUCUGGUUUCUCAGACGAUUCAUCCUCAGGCAACUCAGUCGUGAUGUCUUUGUCCACCUCUGAGUCCACUUUCUCUUGUUCCUCUGUAUCAGAGUCAGAUGACAAGGUCUCCUCCUCCACAUCAUUUUCUUCCCUGUAAUCCACUUUUGGUUUUCUUCGGCUGGAUCUUCGUUUUGCUGAUCUUACCACUUCUUUCUUUUCUUUUUCUUUCAGAGAAUUUGUUGUCCUCCUUGUAACUCUGACACCUUCCACGACUGAAGAGUCCCCAGUUUCAUCUUCUUCUUCACCCUCUGAUGGCUGUUCCUCUGGUGAUUCCAUUCCUACUGGUUCUUCCUCCUCUUUCUUGUCUGUUGAAUCAUCCGUGGGACCGUCAGUUGGAGGCUCUACAGCUUGUUCAGGAGGAGGUGUUUCCUCUUCUUGUUCCUGAGCAUUCAUCUCUUGGUCAUCCUCAGGGUUUUCUUCUUCCUGCUGAUUGGUCUCAGACACCUCUUGAAUUUUAUGUCUUCUGGAACUUCUUGUUUCUCUUGUUGAAGGAGCUGGAGCUUCUUCAACUGCCUCCACAGACUCAUCUUCAACGGCUGCCUCGCUGUCAGCAGUAGAGUUUUCUGUGGCUGUGCUUUCUUCUUCUGUUAAGUUUGUUUCUUCCGCUUCAGUCACUGAUGUCUUCUUUGAGGUGUCUUCCUCCUCAGGCAGUGCUUCUUCUUCACCUCCUGCAGCAGAUUCUCCUGCCGUAUCAUCAACUGUUUCCUCCUUGGCUUCUGUUGUUUCCUCAACUUCAAUACUUGCCCCCUCUUUUUCCUGGGGUAAGGCCUCUUCUUCCUUUUCUUCAGUCUCCUCAACAGAAACAGCCACAUCCUCCUCCAUUGCCUGUUCCUCGGCGCGGGUGUCCUGGGUUGCUGAUUCUUCUUCAGGUUUUUCUGUAUUCUGUUCACCUUUACUUUCUUCUGCAGCUUCUUCUUGCUCUGCUUUUGCAUCCUCUGCUUCUGCUGCAGAAGUUUGGUCAUCAUCCUCAUCUUCUGCUUCUUGCUGUUUUCUUGUUCUUUUGGAUUUGCGCCUUGGACUAACAGGAGCAGACCUUCUUCCCUUCCUAAGGGUCCUUGUUUCAACCACAGGUUCCUCAGUCUCAACAGUCCCUUCCAUUCCUGCCCCGUCCUCUUCAUUAUCUUCAGUCUGUUGGUUCGUCAAGGUUUUGCCUUGUGGUGAGACCCUUGCUUCCUUCUUACCACUUCUUAGGGCUCUUGUUUCAACAACUGGUAAGUCUUCCUUGUUGGCAUCAUCAGCACCCUGUGUGUCUUGAGCUCCUUCCUCGGCUGGAGUCUCUUCCUGGUCACCUGAGACAGGUGAAGGUUGCUCUUCCAGGGUCUCCUGCUCCUUUUGUGAGUCCUCUUCUGCAGCUUCUACUUUUUCCAUCUCAACCUCUGGCUCUGUUGUUUCUUCUUCUCCAGCUGCAACUUGGUCACCAACCAUAUCCUCUGUUUUCUCAUCAGUUACAUUUUCAUUCACAUCUGCUGUAGUUUCUUCCACUUGCAACUCUUCAGCUGGAGCAGAUUGGUCUUCUUCCUCUUCCUCUUCCUCUGCUUCUUGCUGUUUUCUUGUUCUUUUGGAUUUGCGUCUAGGUGAGGCAGGAGCAGACCUUCUUCCUUUCCUUUUAGCUCUUGUUUCCACUGCUGGUUCAUCUUCCUCUGCACUUUUGUCUCCAGCAGCUUCCUGCUCAUCAUGUUGUCUUUUAGUUUUUCUUGGUGAGACUCUCACUGUCUUUUCUCCACCUCUCAGGGCUCUUGUUGCAACAGUUGGUGGUUCCUCCUCAGGAAUCGGCCCGUCAUCAGUAAGAGGUGUUUCUGUAAUACCCUCCUCAGCAGGGGUCUGUUCCUCCUCCGAAGUGGCAGACGGCCCUUCUGCCUCGGCCUUUUGUUCUGUUAUAGCCUCAGCUUCUGAAGCUUCUACAUUUUCCUUCUCAACUUCUGGUUCUGCAUUUUCAAUGUCCUGGGUUGCUGAUUCUUCUUCAGAUUUUUCUGUGUUCUGUUCAUCUUUACUCUCUUCUGCAGCUUCUUCUUGCUCUGCUUUCGCACCCUCUGCUUCUGCUGCAGAAGUUUGGUCAUCAUCCUCUUCCUCAGCUUCUUGCUGUUUUCUUGUUCUUCUGGAUUUGCGUCUAGGUGAGGCAGGAGCAGACCUUCUUCCCUUCCUUUUAGCUCUUGUUUCCACAGCUGGUUCAUCUUCCUCUGCACUUUUGUCCCCAGCAGCUUCCUGCUCAUCAUGUUGUCUUUUAGUUUUUCUUGGUGAGACUCUCACUGUCUUUUCUCCACCUCUUAGGGCUCUUGAUGAAACAGUUGGUGGUUCCUCCUCAGGAAUCUGUUCAUCUGUAAGAGGUGUUUCUGUAAUACCCUCCUCAGCAGGGGUCUGUUCCUCCUCUGAAGUCGCAGGGGGCCCUUCUGCCUCGGCCUUUUGUUCUGUUGUUGCCUCAGCUUCUGGAGCUUCUACAUUUUCCUUCUCAACUUCUGGUUCUGCAUUUACGGUGUCCUGGGUUGCUGAUUCUUCUUCGGGUUUUUCUGCCUCGGCCUUUUGUUCUGUUAUUGCCUCAGCUUCUGGAGCUUCUACAUUUUCCUUCUCAACUUCUGGUUCUGCAUUCUCAGUGUCCUGGGUUGCUGAUUCUUCUUCGGGUUUUUCUGUGUUCUGUUCAUCUUUACUUUCUUCUGCUGCUUCUUCUUGUUCUGCCUUUGCUUCUUCUGCUUCCGCUGCAGAGGUUUGGUCAUCAUCCUCUUCCUCAGCUUCUUGCUGUUUUCUUGUUCUUCUGGAUUUGCGUUUAGGUGAGGCAGGGGCAGACCUUCUUCCCUUCCUUUUAGCUCUUGUUUCUAUCACUGGCUUGUCUUCCUCUGCACUUUUUUCUGCAUCAUCCUGCUCAAUGUCUUGUCUUUUUGUUUUUCUUGGUGACACUCUCACAGCCUUUUCUUCGGGAACUUCUACCUCUUCAUUUGCCUCUUCAUCUCUUUCAGUUGGCUGUGCCUCUUCAGCAGCCUGAGGCGCUUCAGCCUCUCCAGAGGAGACGAUCUCUUCCUCCUCAACUUUAUCCCCUUCUGUUGGAGCUACAUCAGCAACUUCGCUUGAGGCCUCACCCUCAUCUGCACCUUCUUCAACAGCUUCAGCGCCACCAGCUUGUCCCUCCUCUGCAGCAUCUUGUUCUGGGGCAGCCUCCUCUGACGUGUCUUCGUCUGUUUCUGGUUCUGCAUCUUGAGUUGCGUCCUCAUCUUCAAGUCUCUCUCCUUCAGCCUCGUCUUUGUCUUCCUUUGCUUCUUUCUCUUCUGCUGUUGUAGCUUCCUCUCCUUCUUCUUCUGCCUCUUCCUCCUGGGUUUGUUUGUGUGAUUUUUUCGGUGUCUUCUGUUGUGUGACGGAGAUGGACUUCCUUCCUCCUCUAAGAACUCUGACUUGAACUUCAGGUUCCUCUUCCUCAUCAUCCGAAGCUUUGUCCUUGUCUUCUGCAUCAUCCCUUUUCUGUUGUCUUCUUGUUGAUUUGCGUCUUGGUGUGGCUUUCACUGUUGUCUUUUUUCCUCUUCGUGUUCUGACUGCCACCACCUCCUCCUCCUCCUCCUCUUCAUCAGCAACUUGGGCCUCAUCCUCUUUUGCUGUCGCCUUAGCUUCCUCCUCCCCCAUUUCUUGUGUUGCAACUGCUUCUUCUGCUUUCUCCUCCACCUUCUCCUCUUCCACUAUUGACUCCUCUUGCACUGAUUCUUCCUCUUUGGUUUCCUCUACUUCAGCAGGAGUUUCAUCCUCUUCCACGACAGCUGCUGCUUCUUCCUCAUGAACCUCUUGAUGGGUUUUCUUCAGGUCCACUAGAACCACACUCACUUUUUGGAGAUGGAGAAGCUUGGGUACCACAACGUCACUCUGCUGCUUUUCUUCUAUAGGUGUUGCCUCCUCGGCUGUAGAGGGAGGUAAAUCUUCAUCAGGGGUGGGUUCAGGUAAGGAAGUGUCGAUUUCUUUUUCCUGGACUGAAUCCUCAGGAGUAGCUUCACCAUCCUCUGUGGUCUCGGUCUCUUCUGGCACUGCCACGGUUUCUUCCUCUGCUGCUGUGUCUUUGUCGAUGGUCUCUCCCUCUUCCACUGAAUCCUGAGUUGUGGCUGCUGCUUCCUGGGCAGCCUCAUCUAAGGUCUUUUCUUCUUCAGCACCUUGUUCACCUGUCUCAGUGCUUUCUGGUGCAUCUUCUUGUCUGUCUGGUUCCUCAGCAGCUGGAACCUCUUUCUCUGCAUCUGCCUCUACUUGUUGGGUUUCAUCCCUCUCAUUAAGUUCCUCCUCUUCAGCUUGUUCCACUUUUUCCUCAGCCUCUCCAUCUUUAUCUGCUGGAGCUUCUUCUUCUCCUUUCUCCCCUUGGUCCACCUUCUCCUGGGGUUGCUUGCGUGUUUUUCUCUGUGGACUUUUUUGUACCUGGUAGGACUUUCUCCCUCUCCUGAGAACUCUAACUUGAACUUCUGGUUCUUCCUCGUCAAUGUCUGGAGCUUCCUCCUUUUCCUCUUCGCCCUUUUUCUGUCUUCUGGCUGAUUUGCGUCUCGGUGUGACUGUGACUACUGUCUUUUUACCUCUUCGUGUUGUGAUUUCAGUGACUGUAACUUCUUCCUCCUCCUCUUUAUCAGCAACUUGGGCCUCUUCCUCUAUUGCUGCCUCAUCUUCCUGAACCGUUUCAUGAGUGGUGUCUGCUUCUUUUUCCUCCUGCUCAACCAUUUCUCCUCUUAUCACCACCUCCUCCUGUUCAGCUUGUUCGGUUUCAGCAGUGGAACCAGAAAUACUCUCCUCCGCCGUUGUUUCUUCCUUCUGCUCUUCCUCUCCAUCUUCAGCAAUUUCCUCCACAGGAACAGCGGCUUCUUCUGCAGCUGUUGUUUCCUCUUGUACUUUGGACUCUUCCUCAGCAUCUUCAGAUACAUCAGGUGUUGCUUCAGUCUUCUCUUCAACUAGCUCUUCAUCUUCUGCCGCAGGUUUUGAUUCCUCCAACUCUUUUUGUGAUUCUGUUUGUUCUUUAGUCUCUAAAGAAACAACCUCCUCUACUUCUUGUUCCUUCCCCUCUUCUUCAGCAUCCUUUUCUGGUGCUUCCAUCUCAGUGUCAACUGUUUCUGCUUCAGUCACAACCUCAGUCUUGUCCUCCUCAGCUUCCUGUUGGGUGCCUUCACUUUGAUUUGCCACAAUUGUCUUUCUUCCACUCCUCAAAACUCUUGUCACAACAACAGGGGCUUCCUCUGCUUCACUUUUGUCCUCCUCCAGGUUUGCAGAUUCCUCCUUUUCUUUCUCGGAAUUGUCUGCCUGGUGCUCGUCCUCUUGGACAGCCUCUGUUUCUACAGAUGCAGGUUCAGUAACCGUUUCCUUUUCCCCCUCUUCCUCUUCUUGUGGCGCUGGUGUUUCCGCCUCUGCAUCAACAACAGACGUCUCUUCUUCUCCUGCUUUUGGUUCCACCUCUUCCUUUUCUGAAGCAGCAGGUUCUCCAUCAGCUGGUGUUUCUUCACUCUCUUUUUCACUAAGCUGGUCAGGGGUUGCUUCCUGGUGCACAAGAUCAGCAGUGGCUUCAGAGUCUAUGUCUUUCUCCUGAGGCUCUUCGACUGCAGGUGCACUGACCUCAUCGAGAGCUUCUGUCUCUUCCUCUGCUGCUUUAUUAACCUCAGUUGAGGGUGCAACAUCCUCUCCUACUUCCUCAGUUGAUGUCUUUUCUUCUGUUUUGUCAUCAGCAUCCUCUUGUACCUCUACCUGAGCCUCAGCUUCCUCUUCGACAGCAACACCUUUUGCUUCCUCUGUCUGCUCUUCUUCUUGUUUCUGAAGUCUUCUGCUUUGUCUUUUGGGCGUAGGUUGAGCUGUAAGUUUACGUCUGCCUCUCUUACCUCUUUUCUGCACGACAGGAGGUUCCUCAUCUUCUUCAUCAGAGGCUUCUUGUUCCUCCUGUCUCGUUACUGUUUCUGCAUUAUCUUGUUUUGCCCCUGACUCCUCCUCUUUCUCUGUCUCCUCUUCUGUCAGACCAUCCUCUUUCAUGGAGGUAAUUUCUUCUGGCUCUUCUCCCUGUUCAGGUGCAGCUGGCUCCUCCGCUACAUCUGUUGCAGAAACCUCCUCCACACUUGUCGUCACUUCUCUGUGCACCCUCUGACUCGAGCGCGUAGAUUUGGGAGUAGGAGUGCUCUUAACUGUCCUUCCUCUCAGAACUCUUGCUCCAUCCAGGACUGGGGUGUCCUGCUCCUCUGGUUUUCUGUGCCGCUGAGAUCUCCGUCUGGGGGUUUCACUCUUGACUGUUGUUAUCACCUUUACGACUACUCUCUCUGUUUUCGGAGUUUCACCAUUUUCUGUUAUAAGUGGCACAGGUUGUGUAACAGUUUCCUCUGACUUUUCAUCGGCCUCCUCCACUGGAGUCUCUGCUUCUUUGUGCUCCUCUGAAACUGCUUCAGACACAAUCGGUUCCACGGUAUCCUCACACUCUUUCUCUGCUUCCUCAAUUUCUGACGCCACAUUCUCAACUAUCACCUGUGAGUCAUGGGAGGUGUUCACAUCUUCUGUGUCAUCCUCUUCGGCUUGAGGCUCCUCAGUUUCAGGUGCUGAUGUUAAAUCAUCUAGAUCUUUUGUGUCCGUUUUUUCUAACAUCACAGAUAUCUCUUCCUCUUCUCCUCUUUCUUCUAGAGGUGUUGUAUCUGCUGCAUCCUCUCCUGUCUCUUCAGGAGUCAAACUGACUUCAUCCUAAAAUGAAACAAAGAAAAUGUAACAAUUUGCUAUAUUGCUAAUUUGGACAAACAUCUAUCCAAUGAACAAUUUACUUACACACGCCUCAGUCUGCACCAGGUCAGAAAUGUUUUGCACUUCGGUCUCCUGUUGUACAGAAUUGUGCUCCUCUCUGGGGGUUUCUGCUUCAAUAUCUUCAAUCCUAAUAGAUACAAGUAAUGACUUUAGUUUAAACAUUUUUUUUCAACAAGUUGCCAUGAUACAGGUCAGAUAACAAAGAGAAGAUAGCAAAUUCAUGCCUUCAGGGAUGAUAAAAGUCUCAAUUUUAGGAGCGAAGAAGCUGCCCUCUGCUUAAGCUAUUGCACCAAGCCAUUGACUCAUUUGAGAAUUUGAUUGAAGUUGCUGCUUUUUUACUUUCUUCUUUGGUGAAAUGAUUUUCCAUUUUUUUAUAAACUACAGGUCAAGAUGACAAUCCCUACUAUGGUCCAAUUUUUAUCAAUAGAAGCAGGAAAUUCAGAAACAUUGCAAACUUAAAAUUUGUGAUUUUCCUUUUUGUACUUGUGUUCAGAUUAGGUGUUUUUUACAGUGUGUGUUACUUUUACUUUCUGCUGCACAUUGCCUUUUCUUUAUUGCAUUUGUUUUUGAGUUUGACACCAUGUUUGAAUAUGCAUCUUUUCAAAAUUUGCAGGUAGAAAUUGUUGUUGCAGGUCAAAUGCUCAUUUUUGCACACUGUAAAAUGCGCUGAAACAUACAAAGAUUUGCACACACCAGAUACUGUGUGUUUUUUCUCUGUUUUUAUCUUCUAACAAAUCCUCCUGACAUAUUUGUAUGAAAAAUCCUCCCUCAGUACCCAAAGAUAUGUGAAACAUGAGGACAUAUUUGAACUGAGAGUUGAUAUUAAGGCAUCUGAAAAGGAAUUUCUGAAUCUCCUGUUAAAAUAAAACAAUCAUCAUGCUUCACAGGGGUGAACCUGAUCACUUGAUACUGACCUGAUUACUCUCUCUGACCUCUCCUCUGUGACCUGUUCUGCCAUCUUUCUUUGUUUGGAUCCACUGCUCCGACCUCGAACCACAACAGGGAUCUCAUCAUCUAAGACUGCAACCAUAAUUACAAUGUUGAUUACCAAACUGCACAACACAACACUAAUAAUUACAUUAAUUUUUAUUACAGCCUAUGUGUAAAGAGAUGAAACUCACCUUUGGUUGCUUUCAGGACAGUCACCUCUUCCUGCAAAUCAAAUUACACUGGUCAUCAUCACAUGUGAACACUUCGCACAAAUGCUUUUUAAUGUGGUUAUAACAAUUAGACCGUAAGUGACUGGCUUUACACUUGAGUUUUCAGCUUUAGAAUCAAUCCUGACUCCCUGGUGACAACUUUGAUCUGUUUUAGCUGCAAAUACAUGGACCCUCAAUACACUUUGUACAAAUCUGAGGUUAUCUUUGAUGUGAAAGACGGCACAGCAGACUAGAAACUCUGAUGGGAGUAAAAAAACACAACAACGAAAAGAUCAAUCUUACUCUGACUCUAAUAAAUACUUGUUGUUCAGUUCUCCUGUUAUUCACAGCAUGUGGAGGCACUGGUUAUCUAUCAUAUCAGGGUGUGCACUGAGAUACAGGACAGUUCACUAUGUUUAUGCAUUUAGAGACUGAUUUGUUGCUCUUCAUAAUAGUUGCUGUGGGUGCAGGGGUCGAGCAGUCCUCAAUGUUGCCCAGCACACAUGAAUAUACACACCACUACUGUGGACAAAUGCCCCCCCAGACCACCUCCAUAUGUGGACAGAAAGAUCAGAUGAAAUGGAAAUGAAAAUAUAAAUGUUUAUAUAUAUUUAAAUUUUAACUCACCACAAUUUCAACCGUACACUCCAUGGAUUCUGUUUCUUUUAUCUGUGUAGUGAUCGCCUCCUUCUCAAUCACUUCUGUGAUCACGAUCGACUCUUCGGUGAACACCAGACUCUUAGAUACAGCUGAGGAGCAGAGGAAAGAAAACCUGAAGAAUCUGAGACUUCUCUUUAUUAUUUAAAAUUACUUAAUAAUUGAUUAUUGCUGAAUUUUUAUUUUCAAAUUGCACAGUCUUUAAAAACAACCUGGGUGUUUUAUCAGCUCUGCUGUUUUUUCUUACCACUCAGAUCCAUGGUCUGAAUCUUGCUGGCGAUUUUGGUCCUUUGUGUGGGGCCUCCGAUGCUCUCCACCUCCCACAGCAGGUCUGCAUGCUUUGGGUACUGAUGCAGGUAGUUUUUACACACUGAGGACAAAGAUAUAAAAUCAGUGUUGACUGUUAGAAAGCUGAUUCACCUAAAUCAGUAAAGAUGUACAUGCUUCGGGGUGGUCUGCUUUACCUUUGUACAUGGAUUUGGUGAGGGGGUAUCUCAACCCAAGACACUCCUCUUGAAAACUGAGUACAAAGUCCUCUAGCAUCUGCACACCAAAGCCUUUUCCACGCUGACACUUCCUAACAAAUAUGGAGUCCAUCACAGGGAGCAGAUAGCUUCUGGUGGAGAAAGAACUACACAAGCUGCCUGCAGGCAAACACAAAGAAGAGUAUAUUCAUGAGUGUCAGAGAGGGAGGAACUCCAACAGGUCUGGAGCUGAUUUUUGGUGAUGAAUUGUGAGUUUAAUUGUUUGAAAUGAGGAUUAAAAUGAUCCUGUGUUAGGGUCAAUACUGCUUUAUAGUUACCAGUGGGUUUGACUGAGUAGAAGCCCACAGCCUCUCCGUUGCUCCAAAAGAUCUUAGCGUGAUCUCGCUCCCCGUGGCAAAGGAAAGGGAGCUCAUCUAAGCUCAUCUCUUUGGCUCUAUAGACGACACGAUUCAGGAUGUAUAAAACUAUCCUCUCUCCUACUGA